AAGCCUUAUAUUCAAUUGAAUCAGUACAAAGAUGUUCAAACUGAUGAACUUUAUUGUUUUUGUGCAGAUAUUCACUCAUUUUUAAUUGGAUGCUUGCAACACGUUCCAAAAGAGCUGAGACAGCAGCAACAAAAGACUGGCAAAGUUGAGGAAUGCUUAAAAAAAACACCUGUUUGGAACAUUGCACAGGUGAACAGGUUAACUGGAAACAGGUAAGUUCCAUGACUGGGUAUAAAAGGAUCAUCCCCAAAAGGCUCAGUCGUUCACAAGCAUGGACGGGAUGAGGUUCACCUCUUUUGUUACAGUUUAAGAACAACGUUUGUCAUUGUACAAUUGCAAGAAAUUUGGGGAUUAUAUCAUCUACAGUCCAUAAUAUCAUUACAAGAUUCAGAGAAUCUGGAAAAAUCUCUGCAUGUAACUGGCAAGGCCGAAAACCAACACUGAAUGCCCGUGACCAUCGACCCCUGCAUUAAAAACCUGUGAAGGACCACGUGGGCUCAGGAACACUUCAGAGAGCCACUGUCAGCUAACACAGUUCGUCGCUACGUCUACAAGUGCCAGUUAAAACUCUACCGUGCAAAGUGAAGCCUCUCUGGGCCCGAGCUCAUCUGAGAUGGACUGACAAACAGUGGAAUAGUGUGCUGUUGUCUGACGAGUCCACAUUUCAGAUUGUUUUUGGAAAUCAUGGAUGUCGUGUCUUGCGGGCCGAAGAGGAAAAGGACCAUCCACACUGAUGUCAGCGCAAAGUUCAAAAGCCAGCAUCUGUGAUUGUACAGGGGCAUGUUAGUGCCCGAGGCAUCAUGGGUAACUUCCACAUCUGUGAAGGCACCAUACAUACUGAAAGGUACAUACAGGCGUUGGAACAAAAUAUGCUGCCAUCCAACCAAUGCCUAUUUCAGAGACAGAAAGGACACACUCUCAACCAGCUUAAUGAUAUUAAUGAACUGCAGACAAACAGCUCAGACAGAAACUGUCCUCCAGCUGAUGUGAUGAGACAGACGGUGAUAUUUAAAUCAUAACUGACGUAGUGAACAAACAGCCUCUGACUCGAGUCAUUUCUGUCUUUACGCUGAAUAUGGUUGUCGUGUUAUUGAUGAUCAUGACUCAGAUCAGCUGUUCUCCCUCCGGUCCAGCAGGGCUCGCUGUUCGCCGCUUCGCUCCUCACAGCGAAGCGUCGUCGUCGCGGAACUCCGUGUGAGUGUUUACGUCCCCGCUGGUCUCUUUGUUCGGCCCAGAGGAGGACGAUGUGCGGGGCCGUGCAGCUGCUGCGGGUGUCGGUCCAUGAGCGGAUGAGCGCCGCUGCAGAAGACUUUCUGCUGCAGGUGGAAAAAGGAGAAGAAGCGGCUGAAAUCCCGGCGCUGAGAGCGAAGCUCACCGAGCGGCUGACGGCGGCUGCGGAGGAGAUCGUCGCUCUGCUGGAGGAAACCGUGGCGGAGUACGAAGACAGAGUGGAGCGGUCGGAGCGGGAGAUCUGCCGCCAGAGGAGGCUGCUCGAUGCCGUGCUGAAGCCCCAAGUGAAGCUGCACAGGGCAGACUUCCGACCUCCCGUAGACUUGAACCAGACUGAGUCUAAACGAGUCGACGGUGAUGCCUCCUCUCUGCCAGUACCUCGCUCUCCGCUGACUCCUCGCUCUCCUUCUCCCCCCUCCCACUCUCCCGUCUCUCCGACCAGCUCAGCCGUCCCCAGCGAUCCAGAUCCAGACAGUGACUGGACAGAACAGAUUCCAACUGUGAGACCUCCAAGGAAGAAGAAGAGAGGACGGCCGCCACUUGUUGUCAGAAACAAGCGGAAGCGUUCGACUCCGGCCCAGAGUUUUGUCUGUCAGGUGUGUGGCCGCUCUCUGCAGGGGAAAGGCUUCCUGCUCAAACACGUCUUGCAGGUCUGCGCCAACAACCCAGACUGUCACUGUGGCUUCUGUGGCGAGCAUUUAGACUCUUCUGAUGAACUAGCAGCUCACCUGAAAACACACCGGGAGACGAGUAAAACCUGCUCGUUCUGCGGGAAAACCUUCCAGUCCAUCCUGGCGCAGGAGCUGCAUGUACGCCUCCACACAGGAGAGAAACCGUACAGCUGCGACGUCUGUGGUAAGAAGUUCAGCCAGAGGGGGAACCUGAACUCCCACAUUCGCGUCCACGCCCCUGAGAAGCCCUUUAAAUGUAAAGAGUGCAGCCGCACCUUCUGUCACAUGACAUCCUUAGAGCGACACAUGCAGGAGCACUGUGGGGAGGAAGAGGUGCACACCUGCAGCACCUGCGGUCAGGAGUUCAGCAAGCAACGCAACCUGCAGCGACAUAUGGUGUCGCAUCGGAGGGAUGACACUGACAAGCCGAAGAGAUGCCGCAGCUCGGCACCACACCACCGCUGCAAAGUGUGCAGGAAUGCCUUUGACAAGAGGAGCCUCCUGGUGAAACACGUGGAGACUCACCUGCAGGACCCAGACUGCUGCUGUGGACUCUGUGGACACCAGUACGAGUCUGCUGACAGCCUCUCUGCUCACCUGCGCUCCCACCGCGAGAUCGGAAACACCUGCGAUGUAUGCGGGAAGAGCUUCCCGGCUCAGGCGGCGCUGCAAAUGCACCUGAGGAUCCACACCGGAGAGAAACCCUACACCUGCAGCUUCUGUGGGAAGGCCUUCAACCAGAGAGGCAACCUGAGGACGCACCUGAAGAUUCACACAGGCGAGCGGGCAUUCUCCUGCAGUCUCUGUGGAAAGGGUUUCACCCAGAAACAGACACUGGACACGCACGUCCGCUUCCACAACAAGGAGCGACGCUUUCUGUGUCAGUGCUGCGGGAAGGGCUUCAUGCAGGACGUGGACCUGAAAAGACACAUGCUCAUCCACACCGGGGAGAAACCCUACAGCUGCAGGGUGUGCGGGAAGAGCUUUCAGGCCAAACGCUCACUCAACGGACACCUGAAAGGCCACGGCAUAGGGGGGGUGGAGCUGGAGCCAGACCAGACAUCAGAGCCACCACCAGAUGGUUUCUACUCGGGCUUCAUCCAGCUGUAGAGGUUAGGCCGGGGUUAAUGGACACGUGUCAGAGACUCGUAGAGCCGGACUCAAACAUUUAGCUGAAGGUUUUCAGUGUCAGUAACAGAAGUGAGUCUGAAGGCUGAGAGAGAAGGAAGUCAUCAGACAUUAUUCUGAGAACACAAACAAACAUGAUGAGGGUCUGUCUGUUUUACACUGCAGCUCAGAAACCGUCCUAUCAGAAUGUAAACUCCAGUAAAUGUACUUCCAUAAAGAUAAAAGUAGUUUUCACCACUUUGAA